CCGGUUCGGUCUGUAGCAGUUUUGUAGCUGUUGACUUUCGCUCGCGAGGAGAUCGAAGAGAGAGAUUUGCUUAUUCUGGAAUCCAAGUUGGAACCUUUUAUCUUCAUUGAAACUGCUGUGUUCAUCAGAGAGCUUUUCAUGGGUCUACUGUACAGUAUCAUGGGUGCACUGUUUAGUAAAUGUGCACCCUCUGCAGAACAAGGGUUUACAGAAGAUUUUGAUCCUCCCUUAAAAGAUGGACUCAAGUGUUGCAUUUGUCAUCAUGGUCUCCGUAACGCAAAACAAACUCACUGUGGCCACAGAUUCUGUGAAAGUUGCAUAAACCAAUCUAUAAGGAACAAGGGGAGAAAAUGUCCAGUUUCUGGUUGUGAGCACCCUAUUGGUACUUCAGAGCUGUACCCAGAUAACUUUGCCAAUCGUGAAAUUUUGAAAGCAAAUGUUCGCUGCAAAUUGAAACAGACACAUGGUUGCGCUUGGAAAGGACCAUUACAGGACUUUGAGUAUCAUUUGAAUAUGACAUGCCUAUAUGUGUCAGUAAAAUGUGACUGUGGUUGUGAAAUUCCCCGAGGGGACCUGCAAAGACAUGUUUUAACAGGAUGUCCCCGAACGAAGGAUUGGAGACAGGAAGCUAUUGUCAUUGAGCAUAGAGCUGAGGAUGAGGUCAGUCCAUUACCAUUCCCUGUCAAGGAAAUGGACAGAAGUUCAUCUCCUGGACAGAUCACUGGAACAAGGCGUCCUGUGGAACAUCAUCAGGGAAAAGAACUAACUUCCAAUGUGAAGCAGCUACGAGAGGCUGGUAAUGAAUCUAAGCAGUUAGAUUCCCCUGUCAAGCCAAAGCCAUAUCAAAGCCGUGAAGAUGGUAAAAAAGGUCAUGGUUUUGAUCCACCCCCACAUCAAAAGGAAGGAAGCAAUGCAGCCAACUGGUUGGGCCCUGCUCUUGAGCUAAAAGAGCAAUUGGAGCAGGGAAAUGAGGCCAAGGAGUUGUAUCCACCAGCUGAGCCAAAAGAGUCAUUGGCACUCCAAAACAAUAAGGGUAAUGAAGCAAGUGAGUUGGAAGUUCCACUAGCUGAGCCAAAAGAGCCACUGUCACUUCAAAAAGAAGAUGGGGAUAAAGCCAACAGGCUAUACCUGCCUGUUGAGGCACAAGAGUCAUUGGCUCAUCAAAAGGAAGAUGGCGAUGAAGCAAACAGGUUAGACCCACCUGUUGAAACAAGAGAUUCAUUGGCCCAUCAAAAGGAAGAUGCCAAUGAAGUGAAUGGGUUUGACCCUUCUGGUGAGCCAAAAGGUCUGCUGGCACAUCAAAUGGAAGAUGAUAAUGAAGCCAUCUUCCUGGAUGGACCUGGUGAGUCAAAGGAACCAUUGGCUUGUCAAAAGAAAAAUGGUUAUGAAGUGAAUGGGUUGGACCCUCCUGCUGAAAUGGAGGAAGGCAACAAAGCCAUUGCACUGGAUCCACUUGCUGAACGUAAAGAGCCAUCGAUGUACCAAAAGGAAGAUGGUAAUGACGUGAAUGAGUUGGACCACCGUGGUGAGCCAAGAGAGUCAAUGAUGCAUCAACUGGAAAAAGAUAAUGAAGCCAUUGUACUGGAUCCACCUGCUGAUGUUGAGCCAUUGAUGUACCAAAAGCAAGAUGGCAAUGAAGUGAAUGGGUUGGACCAUCCUACUGAGCCAAAAGAGUCAUCGAUGCAUCAAAUUGAAGAAAGUAAUGAAGCCAUUGCCCUGGAUCUGCCUGUUGAGUUAAAAGAGCCAUUGAUGUACCAAAAGGAAGAAGGGCACAAAGCUGAUGAGUUGGAUCCAUUUGUGAAGCCAAAUGAGCCAGAUCCGCCUGUGCAUCCAAAGGAAGAUGGUUGUGAAGCCAACAGGCUCGAUCUUUCUGCAAAGCCAACAGAGCCAUCGCCAUGUCAAGGGGAAGAUGCCAAGGGUUUGAAUGUCAGUUCCCAGAACCAUGUCCCAAGUUUCAUUUAAUGGUGCAUGUACCAACUACCUUGACAAAAGAGUUCCCUAUAAGAGUCAAAGUUUACUAUUAGAUUCAUGAGUAUCAGUUUAGUGUUUUACGUUUUAUCAUAGUUCAAUAAUUGAUUUGUUGCUAUAUCUUUAACCACUGUUAAUUAGUUUUGUUAUAAGUUUGGUUUGUUAGCUUGCUAUUUUUAAUGCUGAUUAAGGCCCUUCAAUGGCCAAUUCCCUCUAUGAGAUGUACCUGCAGGGAAUCACAGUAGUUGUAUAAUCGUCAAAACAAACAUCCAGUCCAAGAUGAUGAAUACAACUUAACCAUGAUUCCCUGUAGGACAUCUCAUAUGGGCAAUUGGCCAUUGAUAAAAUAUAGUUUUUUCAUUUAGUUAUAGGAGAGCUCGAGUGUAUGUUUCGGCCCUUUGAAAAGGACGACAUUUUGUCCUUCCUUCAGAGAAAUAGGUGGGAGAAUCAAUCAGAUUUGUGGUUUUGGGCUUCGCACUUUUUAACCAUAACUGUGAUUACAUGGAAACUGGUUAGCAAGAAAAAAAAUCAUUCUAUGGCUCAAUCUUUUUCCAGGGAUCAUAUUGAGACUGGCUGAUGUGUCUUUUAAUUAACUGAAAUGCCUAAUCAUAAUUAUUGCUUCAACAUGUUAUGAUUCUCUCUGAUAUGACAACCAAGAACCGUGACUCUGCUUGGAAAUUCGAUCUUACUAUUAUUAGCAUAGAUUUUUUACAAUUAUUCCUUCAUUUUCUUCUUAGUUAUAGUUUUGAUUGAGAAGAUAUAGUAAACACUUGGGACAAUGUCUUGCUAUGUUUCAAAAGACAUGCAGGGAGUUAGGUACAGUUUUCAGCAAAAAGGCAAUUUAUUUUCACAGGUAAUCAAAAUGUUUAGAAAUGGUCAACCCUUUCUAAAAGAAAACCUUUCCUCUGAAUGGUCAAACCAGGCAGGUGAAAUUGUCCCCACAACCAUUCAAUGUACUCAAUGAAACCCUUGAAUACCUUGAAAUUCAUCAAAACCACUCCACUGCCCACCAUAUUUUCAACUCUCCUUGGUCUUCUUGUGAAUUGUGGUAAACAUUGUCUCCCUUGUUUAACUGAUAUAUUGCUUGAAAUUUUUGCAUGCAAAUGAACGUUGGUCAAAACUAAGCAGUGAAAAGGGCCAAAUAUCGGCAAAAUAUAAACAUCACUUAACUUCGGGGUGUUUUAUCUGUCACAUUGUGCGAUAUAAACUUACAACCUUUUAGCUGUAACUUAAUGUUUCUAAGGAUAUCUGAAAGAGUAUCCUAAGAAGUGAGAGAUGGCUUUAUCAAACUACUGUUGACAUGAAAGUAACACCUCUUAAGCCCAAAUGGCUCAUUAAAAACCAGUUUUGUUCCAAAUCACAA